ACGAGAGAACUAUUGUAGUGGAAACCUGUAAUAAGAAAACGCUUUACUAUUUGCUUCAGCAGCGCUCAGAGCCAUUUUGUUUUUAUCCUUGGAUUUUGACGGUUGCGUAUAUUGUUUUUGAUAUUGUUUUUAUUCUUAUUUUAUUCUUAUACACAUAACAUGAGCAAAAAGUGUAUAGUUUCCAGUUGCGGACAGCUAACAAAUCGGUAUGUUUUGCCUAAAAAUGAAGGGCAGGCUUCUAUAUGGCUACAACGAAGUGGUAAUAGGGAAAUGGAGAAGAAAAAACAAAAAAAUGCCACAAUUUGUCCUCGGCAUUUUAGCAACCAAUGCUUUUUAGAAUAUGGUUUAAAAGGACUGAAAAAAGGUGCUUUACCUUCUUUGUUUUUGCCAGAUUACACCUCAACUGGUGUGGAAGGAGACAAUUUCUUUUUUGUGAAACGGGAAUCACCUACAAGAACCCAUAUUCCAGGAAUAUUAAAAGCAUUGGAAAUGCCAGCAUUGCCGUCAACGACUGGUGAGUUUUCCCCUGUAGCAAAAGUGAAAACACCAACAAAAACCUAUGGCAAGAGGAUAACAGAUACUCAACCCAAGCGACUGAAACCGAUGUUUGAAGAUGAGGAGCCCAUUGAAAACAUUAUUGAAGAAUCUGAUAAACACCAGCCUUCCACUUCACAGGAAGGACUCAGUUACAUUAAGUUUGAUAAACACCGGCCUUCCACUUCACAGGAAGAACUCAGUUACAUUGAAUCUGACAAACAAAGGCCUUCCACUUCACAGGAAGAACUCAGUUACAUUGAAUCUGACAAACAAAGGCCUUCCAUUUCUCAAAAGGGCACCAGGGCUCAACCUUCUCUUCAUUCAACUAAUAUAACACGAAAGAAAAACCAGUUAAAAAAUAAAAGCAUGGCAGUACGGCGGACAACGGUGCAGUUACAAAAGUUUGAUACACCAAAUAUAGGUACAUCAAACCUAAUUAGCCUAAUUGAACAAAACCGCGAUUUCUUAGAGACGGUAACUACGUCUAAUGAUGUGUCCCUCAAUUUUUUUGCUUCAAAUAUGCGCAAUUUACAGUGUAAGCCUAAAGGGCGUAGGUUUUCAUUGAAGGACAACAUAUUUGCUUUGUCUUUAUAUAAGCACAGUCCCCGCGCUUACAGAUUCCUAUCCAAAUUUUUUUCUUUACCGUCCCGCAAGACACUUACCAAUAUGUUAAAUAAGGUGCCAUUUUUGGCGGGUAUAAACCCGGCCAUUUUUAAACAUUUAAAAACGUCGGUCGCUAAACUGAUUGCGGAGGAUAGGAAUUGUAUCGCCAUGGUCGAUGAAAUGGCCGUACAACCUCACCUUCAGCAUAAUGAACGAUACGAUUAUAUAGAGGGCUUUGUGGAUUUGGGUGGUGGUAAUCGACGGAUUCAAUUCGCAGACCAUGCUCUUGUAUUUAUGGCUAAGGGCAUUCGUAAGGCGUGGAAACAGCCAGUCUUUUUCGGGUUUUGUGAAGGCACUACAGCAACGGACGACUUAGUAAAAUGCAUAACAGAUGUUAUUAAAGAGUUGGAACUGGCCGGUCUCACAGUAGUUGCGACCGUAAGUGACCAAGGAGCCACCAAUCGCGCCGCUAUAAAUAAACUCUGCAACAAAAAAACAGGAGAAGCACUUUUAUACCAUCCCACAGGCGAAAAGGGCGCAGAAAUUGUUCAUCUCUUUGACCCUCCUCAUUUAUUAAAAGGUAUUAGAAACGGUCUCUUGACCAAAGAUCUUAAAUUCAAAGUGGGUGAAGAUGAGAAGGUGGCUUCUUGGGAACAUAUACUUAACUAUUAUGUGUUGGAUCGGAAACAGGGGGCUUAUGUGCAUUGUACUAAGUUAACGGACGAGCACGUGUUGCCUAACAAAAUCCGAAAAAUGAAGGUUAAAAUGGCUUCACAAGUAUUUAGCCACACGCUUGGAUGUGACAUGCACCAAAGAGCAAGGAUUACAAAGCGACUGAAUUUGCCACCGUCUGAUCCCGACUUUCUGAAUCCUCAAGCUAUGGAUACCGCGGACCUUAUCUUGUUUCUGGACAAACUUUUCGACAGUGUGAAUGGUUUAAAAAGGCGACCUCCUCCUGGCAAGCCCCUACUUUCUGUGGUCACGGAAACGUCUGACCAUCUCUCUUUCUGGACAUCUGCAAUUUCCACUUUACGCUCUAUGUUCUUUGUUUCUGAUUCUACUUCUAAAUCUAAAUCGACAUCUAGUUACCCAUCUAUAAAAAAUUGGAUUUCCACAUUGCACGGCUUUGUGUAUGUGAGGGAAAAAGUGUUAAAACUUUUUGAUUUUUUCAGUCCAAGAUCAUUUAAUCAGGACCCUUUAGAAAACUUCUUUGGCCAGAUACGAAGCCAUGCAGUGGGAAAUACAACUUGUUCUUCUUUUAUCCAUUCUUUUAAAUCUUUAUUGGUCAGUCGUUUUUCGUCAUCGCACAGUGUAGGGUCAAAUUGUGAGGAGGAUCUGUCAGAGGGACCCUUAAGCACGUUGAAACGUUUUGUCCUUCAACAGGAGAACGUCCCAGUUUCAGAAGGGGCAAUUGAACGAACACCUGUCAAAGAGGCUCUGGCGACGGACUUCGCAACAGACUAUGUUGCUGGCGCGAUUUUAAAGAAAUUUUUUCGGAGGUUUUCUUGUGAUGCGUGUUAUAAAUAUUUAUCCUCCGCGCAGCCAUUGCCCGAACACCUGCAAGUAAGGCAAUUUGAGGGACACAAUCUAAUUAAUCCUGAUUAUUUAUUCUCAUAUACUUUGAACAACACAACAAUUUUUAUAUUAGAGAUUCUGCCAAGUAUUAUACAUAAAUAUGGCAUAAAAAAAAUUAUACUGACGGAACUUCAGAACCAACAUUUUCAGUUCCUUCUAUGCGAUGAGCAUAUUCAUUUAAAACACGACGACCUUUUUAAAGUAAUUAUAAACGUUGUUCUUUUUGAUUACAUUAAGUUGCUUAAUCGGGUUUUAAGGGGUAUUGAUUUGAGAUUGAUCGACUCCAAUGAUUUAUUUAGGAAGGCCCACGAAAAAUUUCUUAAACGGAUUCCUAAAUCCAAACGUCGGAGACAAGAAGUUUAUCAGAGGUCUUCCUAAAUGAAGAACCUAUAUAUCCUAUAUUGAAAUCUAAAACACGUCCGCAUAUUUUUUAUUUUUAGUUCCUUUUUAAAAUUUCUUACCCCGUUGCUGUUCUUUCAUCUUCAGUUAUGUACUUAAUUAGGUUUGAUGUACAGAGGUUGUGUAACUGACGUGAACAAUUUCAUUUAUAUUUAUUUUUCAUUGUCAUUAAUUAUAAUAUGUUACAUAUACAAAUAUAUAAUUGUAAAUACUUACGGUUUUACCAUUUUAUUAAUUACUGUACCUAGUUGUAAUAUCUUAAUUGUUUAAUAA